CCCAGGCAUCCAUCACCACCUCCAUCCUUUCCCGUACCGCACUCAUCGUCAGCAGCAGCAGCGCCUUCCCCUCUGCUCACCUCGCCUGCCAAAAGUAUGUCACUCUUCGCCUCCCCAUCUUCUUCUUCGGUGGCAUCCGCUUCCAUCCCGCGUCGGCAGCUCUGGUCAGCGCUCACCGCCUCUUCCUCGCGAGCCUUGAGCACCACUCCCUCGCGACAGGCAAAGCCCAGGAGGAAUACCGGCAAGAAUCCUUUCGAUCUCGCACCCUGGGAGGCCUUUCAGCACGAUGAUGUGCCCACACUCGGACAUGAGGUGCUGAACAGAGGGAGGGAACUGUUGAGGUAUGCUAGAACAGUGGAGCACGAGCUGCCCAACCUUGAGAAGCUCCGCCAGCCCUAUAACCCCCCUCCUUCCUCCAGUGUCCUCACUUUCCGGUCCAUGCACUACCAAGGUGCUCCUCACCCCGCCAACCGCAAAUCCGUCUUAACCGUCUCCCUCCCAGACCUUUACGCCCACUCCCUCUUCACCUCCCUUCCCGAUGACUCCACCCGCAUUCGUACCCUCCGCAAGCUCCUCCAUCUUGCUGGACCGAGAUGGAAUCCCGGAAAGGGCCCCAUGGCAGAACCUCUCAGACUCGACGGAAAGUACGGAGAGGAUGUGACUGUUAGAGGAGAGAUUAAGAUUAGCUGUGAAAAGUUCCCGACGGAGAGGCAGAACAUGAAGUGGUGUAGUGAUGUGUUUGAUGAGAUGAUCAAGGAGGCACAGCGACUCGACGAUGGUAUCGCUGAUCUGCCCAUCGACGUCAGACAUGCACUCAGCCGUGAGACCAAGAAGGCUCACCACGGUAGGAGGAGACAGGCGACCAUUGCCGAUUGGCCCGCAUCUUGGGCCACUCCGGUGAAGGCGUCGCAGGGUGAAGGGACAUCGUAGCGAUGCUGAUGGUUGUGCAUGAAGGAAUAGAUCUCCAGUGUCUACCUUUCUAUCAGCAACACAUUUUCGCAAUGUUCA